GGCCCCGGGAUCAGCCCCGGGAUCAGCCCCGGGAUCAGCCCUGUGCCAUGGUCCGCAUUAACCACCUGCGUGACGGGGCCCGGGCCGCCCUGGGCACAAACUAGGAGCAGCGGCUGACAGUCCAGAGGGUCCUGCUGCCGCCCAGAGGGACUUGGACAAGCCCGAGAUACGGGCUGACAGGAAUCUCCUGGAGCGGAGGGUGAUGAGGCACUGCGCAGAUUGCCCGAAGAAGCUGUGGCUGCCCCGUCCCUGGAAGUGUUCAAAGCCAGGGACUUGGAGCAACCUGCUCUAGUGGAAUGUGUCGCUGCAUGGCAGGAGGUUGGAACGAGGCGCUUUAAGAUCACGUCCAACCCAAAUUAUUCCAGGAUUUAACAAGGAGAUGCGUGUCGCCCGGCCCCCGCAGAGGAACUACGCCGGACACCAGGAUGCGCCGGGGGCCACCGAAUGUCCCCGGUGAGCAGGAGCAGGACACGGCCGCGCAGAAGGUGCUCGGUUUACUGGUGUGGUCUCUCAUCGCUGCCACAACGUACCACCUCCAUGCGGCAUACGGCUGGGUGAUGUUCGUGUCCCUCUUCUUCUGGAUACUAACACUCCUUUUCUUCGUGACUUACCUCCUGCAGCUUCAUCAGAAGUUCUACAUGAUCCCUUGGCCCCUCGUGCUGAUGAUCUACAACGCCGUGGCCACCGUGCUGUACAUCACCGCCUUCGUGACGUGCGCGGCCGCGGUGCAGCCCACGUCCUGGCGGCAGUGGGACUACAACCGCAGAGAUGUGCUCCUCUUCCAGUUCUUCGCCUGUGUCACCAUGAUCACCUACGCGGUGAGCACUUUCUUUAGCUUCCGCGCCUGGAAAGGGCUCGGCAGCAACGCGGCCACCAGCCAAGUGACUGAGCACGCCUGAGGAGCACGGCAAAGCCCGGGCCAGCUUGUGCCAGGCUUGGUGGCUUGGAGCCUCGUGUGCCACCACGCAGAACGUGGCUCGUUUUGGACCAGCCUGUGCUGGCAGCAGUGGUCAGCACCGGCUCUCGUGGAUGCUGCCCUGUGGACUCCGGUGAUGCUCCCAUCAUCGUUCCCCGGCAUCGCCACUGAGGGACACGGACUCGCUGGGGCCGCAGCUCCUGCUCCUCCCCGGGAGUCAUCCGGAUCCUUGCUGCAGCAGCUCCACUCAGGGGGCUCAGCCAAACUGGCACAGUCCAACACUAAAAUUCACUAACCCAAGCCCAGGCUCCCCUCUCUGCUCAUUCACAGCUACAGUGUAAGUAAUGCAAUUAACAGGAUGCAGAAACAGUGGCAGAGCUGGAAGACAGGAAGGGAAGCAAAGGAAGCAGUCAUAACUGCUCUUGUAUUGAUUUCUAACAAUUUGAAUAUAAAUUUUAUGCUUUAAAUAAAAACAUUCCUAAACUCA